AUGACACCCACUCAACCUCAGCAAGCAAAGUACUUGCAAGAAGAUGACAUCUCCCAGAAAUGCCGAGACCUCCUUCCCUUGCUCCCCCGCGAAAAGGGCUGGAUCACCACCUCUAUCUACCAGUACCAAGGCUUCUGGUAUUGCCCAAAGGUCUUGAGCGGCCUCCUCGCUUGCCAAGACCACUUCCAAGCCCAAGACACCGACGUCCUCCUCAUCACUGCCCCUAAGUCUGGCACCACUUGCUUGAAGGCCACCCUCUUCGAUGCAACACCAUCCUCUCCUCACCCAAAGCCCUCACAACCUCGUGCCCUUCUUAAAGAUUCAGCUAUAUUCGCCACCCACUUGCCUUACCCUUUGCUCCCUACAUCAAAAAUAACCACUAGACAACUUGUAAAGAUCAUAAAGAAGCUGAACCAGUUACAGGAGCAAGAUCUCAUUGAUCUAUCUAAUUAUGCCGGCAUUAAGAUCCCUGAAGAGUUCAAAGUGCAUGAAUGCGACGGGUAUGCCAAUACCUCUCGCCCAGAGGCCUACUUGCAGGCUUACCUAGUCCGAAGGAUGAUUCAAUCAUACCAAUCAAACUUGACUGGCCCUGCCCUUGCAGUGGUACAUUGUAAGGAGGAUUAA